UCCGUUGCAUCUCCCAGAGACAACAAAUACCGUGAGCAGGACCAGACUAUUCCACCCUUGCCCCCUCGCACCCAGUUCGGGUCGGAAGAGGGCCAGAGCUAUGAGAACAUUGCAGAGGUUCCCAACCAAAGACAAGAAACGCUGUCCCAUGAACUACGUGGCCAUCAGGAGAACAAGGGCAACCUUCCUGAACAUAUGCCGGUCCAGGACCAGAACCUCGUCAAUCUGCAUGACCAAGAUCAGAACCUCGGCAGACUCCAUAACCAAGAUUGGCACCUCAACAAUUGCCACAGCCGAGAUCGGAACCGGAAAGACCUCCAAAACCAAGGUCAGAACUUGACCAACUUCCAUAAACUCCAUCAGAAGACCGCACCCCCCGACACGCGUGAUUGCACCCUGACCCAUGUCCACAUCCAAGAUCACUACCUGAGCAAUCUCUUUAGCCAAGAUCAGAAUCUAGGCACGUACCAAAACCAAGAUCAGAACUCGGCCCACACCCAGGAUCUCCAUCACCGAGAUCAGAACCUGAUCUGCCUUUACAACAAUGAGCAGAUCCCCGAUGAGCAGCCAGACUACGUGGAGGUAGAGGAUCAAGACCAAGAAGCGUUCCCUCUGGUUCCAUGGUGCGAGGAGGUGCUGGAGCUGGCGGAAGACACGGUAGAGGAAUAUGACGACGUCGAAGACGAAAACCAAGAUGAGAAGGACUACGAUGAUAUCGGUUGAGUCUCCAUUUUGGUCAGGGGCCAACGCUAUGAAGAAGAAACUGCCAUACGGUGGUACUGCAAAUUCUAACCAUUUUUUCUUCAUUUGACGGCCACCUGUUAUGUGUUCCAUUGAGGUAUUGACUCAAGAUAAGGUGUUUAUUUCUUCAAGGAUGAGAAUAUGCAACCUUUUUACUUUCCGGAUUUGGAUUUGACACCUCCGGUUCGUGGUAUUUCCAUCCAUUUCACCGGGAAAGGAUGAUUUGAGGCAUUGAGUGUUUUGAGUUACGAAUUGUACUCACAAGUUAAGGCACCAUUGAACUUCUGUCUAGGUGCAAAGACAAAAAAACUUGAAAAAAAUGGGUUUAAAUCUCAAAUAAGUGUUAUCUGUGAAAAACGGGGAUUGCCACCCAGAGACGACACCACCAACAACAACAAAAAAACAUUUCAAAAUUACAAGACUUUUAAAAUCCAUGAAUACGUGAAUCCAAGUACGCGAGGUUCCAUUGUACCUUCUGCGUACUUUCGUCACCUCGAAGCAAAGUUGAGCUUUUAUUUUCCGAGUCGCACAUCCGCCAUGUUGUCUUACUUUGGCGGGAGCUAACAAGAAGUGGCCCACUUUGAGGUACACACCCGCGAGCCUUAGCGCGUUCGUCGCGUCGACUUCGCACUGCAACGUGAGCCGCCAGCCGCAGCAGCGAGAUGUGAGCCGGCCGCGCGAAGGACUUUUUGCCUUCCCCAAACUGUUCUUUUGUCCAUUUUGAAGGACGUUACAAACUCCCCGCGAUGGACCCCGCCGCUUGCCCCGACGGCUACCGGGCUCUGAGCACCGGCGAGCUGAGGGAGCUUUUACAGAGCGACGACAAAAUGGAGCAAAUCAUUGGACUCAAUGAGAAGUUUCAGGAGCUUCAAAUAGACAGGGAGAUGAUGAUGGCGUCCAAUCGCAGCCUGGCCGACGACAGCCUGGCCCGGCGGCCGUGCCUUAAUAACGGCAGACUCCAGUUGGCCGAAAAAUACCGGGAGCUGUCCAACGUGGCAACCACGUGCUGGGAAAAACAGAGUCAGCUUGGAGCCCGAGUCCAGAAGCCCAGCCUGCAGAGCGCCCAGAACCUCCUGCAAGAAGAGGUGGCACGCGCCGAGGAGAACUCGGAGGAGCUGCUGGACACCUUCAUGGAGGGGAACAUGAGCCUGGAGGACUUUUUGGACUCCUUCCAGCGCUCCAGGACGACUUACCACGUGCGGCGAGCGCAGGCGGAGAAAAUGCAGGACUUGAUCAAGAAGCGGCCCGGCGCGUCCUCGCCGCCGCCCGCUUUGCCGGGCAGCGUCCCGGAGGAGGUGAAGGCGGGCGCGGCGGAAGCGGCGCGGCCCAACGGCUACGUGGCGCAGGGACCUCUGCGGGUUUUCCAGGUACGCUACGGCCUGACGCCGGCCAUCCUGCUGCCGCGCUACCCGCUUGCUCCCGUUUCCCCCGCCGCCCCAACGCAGCCGCGGCACGCCAGGACUCCCCCGCCCCACCCCCACGCGCCGGGCCCCGGCGGCCCCCCCCAGCCGGUGGGGCUCAGGGUGAUCGGACAGCUGCCCGGGGGCUGGCCGCCCGGCGGGCGCCCGCUACGACUGCAGCAGCUCUACAGGCCCAACCCGCAACAGCCCCAGCCGCCCCUCCGAUAGGCAGGCGCCGGCGAGAAGGCGGGGCCAAAGCUUCUCGCACAGCUUGUCCCAGGAACGGGGAUCCUUCCGAAGACGGCGCGCCAUCCGUCCCGUGAUGGCGCCGCGCUUUUACCCGGCGGGAUGGGACGGGCGCCGGAUCCGACCGGCUUGGACUCUGUUUUGGGGGCCAAAACGGCUUGAUUGAAGACUCGAAACCAUCUGCAGAUGCGACCAGAGGUGGGUGGAGAGGCCAGCGAUUGUACUCAGAGUAAGAGUGCCCUUACUUUCCAAUACUAUGACCUCAAAGUAGGCCUCCAAAUAGUCACUUCCAUAUUCAGUCGGAUAUCGGGGGGGGGGGGGGGUGCUCUCGCGGUGAACGUGGCUGCCGGGGGUUUGAAGCUCCGUUUGUCUCCAAUUUUCUCAAAAGACCACAAAUUGUUCCUUGACGGGAACGUGAAUGCCUUGAAUGGACUGGUGACCCAUCCAGGGUUGCGUGUGCGAGCUCAGCUGGGGACGAAAAUUCUCAAGGUGUUGUCGCGGAAUCCAUAUAUACCCCCCCCCCCCCCUCCUCUUUUUUUAUUUAUUGGUGUGAAUCCUCUUUUGAAUGUUUGCCUUCAAAGAGCUGCCGCACAUUUGCAAGAUUUCUCCUCAACACAUCGCGGGAGGCGACGCCAUCCUCGCUUUGGGGGGGGGAGGGGGGGUUAGAAUCAUUGUCUCUGAAUUAAUCCGCCCGCUAUUCCCACCAGCGAGCGAUCAGACCACGUUUAUGCCGCUUUGACAAACUCCUACAUGAGAAGAAGUGCCUUUCGGCCAGCGGUGCCCAGUCGCAUCCAUCGGCGCUCUCGUUGCGAGUGGUCGGUCGCCUUUGAAUGAGAUUCCCUCGGGAGCCAACGCCGACUCUGCAGGAAGAUUUCCGCGUCUUGUUUUCGAGCCUCUUGAAAAUGCCCUCCGAGAUGAGUCACGAAAAGCGCGACCUAGAUACUCGCGCGGCGGCGUCUCGCUGCUAUUGUCUCACUCACAUCUGCUCAAGAUGAACACAUUUGAAGAAGUCAAAUGAAAAUGCCGCAAUGUAGCACCACCUACUGGCCAGAGGGGACUUCAUGCAAAAACGCUUUUGCGUUGAGUAUCGGUGGCCUCGGCCUCAUGUCGAUACCUGCUAGCGGUAUUUGCCCAUCCCUAAAAAGAAAAGAGUCAAAUGUACCCUUUUCUGUUUCUACCGCAACCCCUCGCUCCUUUUUGAAAGAAUGUGACCUUUGACCUUUCCUGAUCGUUUGGCGUUUUUUAAUUUUGUAUUUAUUUUUUCCCUGUGACGCGUUUCCUGGGCACUGGUGGCUGGACGUGCACUUUCAUGUCCACUCAGGAAAGGAAAAUGCUCCAUUUUGGCUCAACAAAUGGAUCCCCCCCCCCCCCACCCCCCCAGAAAUAUAUUUAUAUGUAUGACCCCACUUGUCUGUCUACAGUAUUUGUCAUUGUGUGAGGCUCCAACAAACCAAGCUUAUGUGACAACGUUUCCCCCCAGCAGCCUUUUCAAAGGUUUUGGCUCCCACCAGAAUGCGAACGUUUGAGUUCGCGAGCGUAAGCUGCAUGUCAAGUCGACCUUGAUGGGUUCUCCGGAGCCAACGGCACGGCACGGCCGUGUCCCUUCAUAUCAUGAGGACCGGGCUCAUGUUAGCGUCGAGGCGACCAAGCGAUGAGGAAAGAAAUUCCAAAGCGACACAGAGUCCCAAUUUGUUGGCUUUCUUUCAGCAGAAAUGGUGGGAAAUUCCCGAGACAACAAUCCAGUAAAAGUAGUCGCUCUCGAGAGACAACCCGAACAGGAUUGGACACACUGUGUGCUAAUGCUAGCUAGCUGUUCGUCUGCGCAUCUAAUUUGCUUUUCAUUUGAAACGUGCGCCGCACAAAAAUUGCAGAUAUGUAAAUUCAUAUUGGAAUAUACGCCUUUUAAAAUCUUGAUUCAAUACAAUUGCUGACGCUGUGCAUUAUAAAAAAACUAAUAAUUAUUUUGAAUGAAAAUGUCGCAUAAAAAAAUCAAUGGAAACGGGAAUUGACCUAAUUCCACGCUUUCAUGAGCCGUUAGCAUUAGCAACUGUUUUUUGGGGGGGGUUCAAAAUGGAGAAAACCCAUUUUUUAUUUGACAAUUUGGGGGUGGGGGUAAAAAUAGACUAGAAAUGGAUUUGAAUGAUUAUAAAACAUUGUAUUAUAUUAAAUAUUUGUUAAAACCUUUUUUUUAAAUGUACAUGAUUUCAUGUCUUAAUAUAUGAUGGUUGAAAAAAAAUACAGUAUAUAGCGCAAAUGAAGAACACCAAAAAGUGUUGAAGACAUUUUUUGUUUAAUAUGUGGAAGACGGAUGUCUCAGUUUUAAAAGUUUUUUUUUUUGUAGGUUCAAAUGAAACGGCAGACGUUUUUGGUGACUUCUCAGGCUAUCGUAACAAAAAGCCAAAGAAAAUGCAAAACACGUGUGGCGUUGUCUCUGGGUUUGCAAUUCCAAUGAAGGCUGCCGGGGGAAAAAGUUGGCGCGUAUGCUUGGCUCCAAAUGUCCAGUAUGUACAAUGCGUUAAAAAAAAAAAAAAAAAUCAUCCAAAUUGAUUGCGCUGACUUCCUGUGGCUCCCGGCUGCUGACAUUCAAGUGACCUUACAGAAAACAUUUGCAGGUGACGUCAUUUCCAUCUGGGACUUGUCAAUAAAGCACAUAUGUGACACAUUUGUUCGUGCAAAA